GACCGGCCGUCUGUCUGUCCGUCUGUCUGUCUCAGGCGCCUUGGAAGCAGCGACCUUCCAGCUGCGGCUGCAGGGAGGAGCUCCACUCCAGGGGCGGGGUCGGCCCGUGACGUCAUAAGUGCGCUCUGGCAGCCGCGGUCGGACGGUGCCGUCGAACUGAUCAUUGCUGGAGGAGCGUGUGCAACAAGAAGAAGAAGAAGCAGCGGCCCGACCCCCGGCCUGGUGCCAUGUUCCUCUGCUCCACAUGAGCUCUACUAUGUGGUAUAUCAUGCAGAGCAUCCAGAGCAGAUACUCUUUGUCUGAGCGGCUGAUCAGAACCAUCGCCGCCAUCCGCUCUUUCCCACAAGACAACGUGGAGGAUCUGAUCCGCAAGGGGGCCGAUGUCAACCGGAUGCAUGGGACGCUGAAGCCGCUUCACUGUGCCUGCAUGGUUGCAGAUGCCGACUGCGUGGAGCUGCUGCUGGAGAAAGGAGCUGAGUUUCACUGCAAGAUCUUUGCAAGCAUGGGGGACGAGCGACCGUUCGUGUGCACCGCCGCUGGCUGUGGACAGAGUUUCACCAAUGAGGAUCACUUGGCCGUACACAAGCACAAGCACGAGAUGACGUUGAGGUUUGGACCUCCCCGGACCGACUCGGUCAUCAUUGCGGACCAAACCCCAACUCCCACUCGCUUCCUGAAGAACUGCGAGGAGGUGGGACUCUUUAACGAACUGGACAACUCGCUGGUACACGACGAGGACGACAAGAGGACCAAGAGCUCUCUUCCAGCCUCGUCCUCGGCCGUGGACAUGAGUCUGCAGACGCUGCCGGACGUGAAGGUGAAAGUGGAGGAAUCGGUCGAAGUGGACUCAUCUCCUUCGAGUAGCCCCGACUCUGUCUCUGGAACCUCAGAUGACCGCAAGGAGUCUCAGCUGAUGGGAAAGGACUCAACGCCCCGUGGUUCUGCGCCCACGCCGACCAUUGUGCGCCCGGGCUCCCUCCCGCUCCACCUGGGCUUCGAUGGCCUGCAGCCGACCAUGCCCUCACCCACCUCCGUCAUCACGCAGGCACCUCCCUCCAGCAGAACGUUAGGGUCUCCCAGCAGCCACUACCCCAUGAUGAUGCUGCCCUCAGGUCAGGCCGUGCCGGUGCUCCCCGGUCCGGUCCAGAUUCCUUCCGUCAUCAAUUUGGCCCGACCCAUGUGCAUGGUGCCCAACAUUCCUGGCAUUCCCGGUCCUCCUCUAGGCGGCAGCAGCAGCGGCUCCAAUUCUCCCUCCGGCUACAAUCUCCACUCUGAGACCAAGAUGCGGCUGAAGGCCGCGCUGGCCCAACAGAGCCCAUCAGGUCAGAGUUUGGGCGUCAUGAUGACGGGCGGCAGUCCCAUGGUUCCUCAGAGAGUGGAACAGAGCCAAGUGCUGCUGCAGCACCCAGACGCUCCGUCACCGGCUCAGCCUCAGGUAACCACGCCAACACAGACUCCCUGUCAAACGACUCCUCUCUCCUCUGCUCUUCAUCCUCCCCAGGUCUCUCCAGCGCAGCCCACUGGUGGGCGGCGGCGACGCACGGUGGAUGACGACCCGGACGAGCGCCGCCAGCGCUUCCUGGAGCGGAACCGCGCAGCAGCGUCGCGCUGCCGCCAGAAGCGUAAACUUUGGGUCAACUCACUGGAGAAGAAGGCGGAGGAGCUGAGCUCCAUGAACGUCUCUCUGUCGAAUGAAGUGUCUCUGCUGAGGAAUGAAGUGGCCCACUUGAAGCAGCUGCUCCUGGCUCACAAGGACUGCCCGGUCACCACCCUGCAGAAGAAGAACAGCUAUCUGGCUGCGGACGAGAAAGUGACCUCAGAAUCAACGGGGUCUCCAGCACCAGUCAUCCAGCACAGCUCCCUGGCUCUGAGUCCCUCAGCUGUUCACAACGGCCUCAGCGCCAGAGCGGCAGCCGAAGCCAUGGCCAUGUCGGUGCUGGCGGGGAUGGGCCAGCGGACCGACACCGGACCUUCUCACAUCAUCAUGGCUGCACAGUCUCAGUCGGCUGCCAGAUGAUUGGCCGGUGAUGAAGCGUUGACAAAGCAGGAGAACAGCAGGAACCGCUCCUGGUCUGGACUGUCCUGCGGUCCCCUUCUUCUGCUCUGUGGGCGGCAGCAGCUGGAGCCCGGAGCCCAGCCGAGACUUUAACCAGAGACCUCUGGGGCUGGACCCCCACGCCUCCAAACUCCCCGCCUUCUGACCUGGACAGGAAGCCAACUCAUGUGAGCCGACAGUCUUAUGCAGAGCACCAAAGAGGCCUCUCCUGUCUGCCGCGGUUGUCAGCGGCAGACGUCUGCCUGAUCACAAGUCGCUGGACCUGCAUUCACUCCCUUGCCUUGCACCAGAACAGAAAGCCAUAUGCAGAACCCGAGUAUAAAGACCCAGCAAUGGAGGUUGUGCCGCAGCCAAAGCAUCUUCUGUCCUCACAGAACUCUGGGUUUGUUCUCGACAUCGUGUCAUCGUCUUUUUUUCCUGGGGAGACUCGGUUGACAUGAACUGGUGAAGAGGAGUUGGACCUCUGCCUUGACUGAACUGCCGUUAUAACUGGCUCCUUGUUUGUUUGUUUUUUAUGACUAUUGUAUGAACUGAUUCUUCAAACUGUAUUUGGUUUAUUUUGACGCCCUUGUCUGUCUUGAUUCUGUCACUCUCAUCCCUUCAGCUUCUUGUUAUCUUGUCUAAUUUAUUUUAUGGAGCAUUAAUCUGAGUCGUACGUAUUGGAUCAUUUAUAGAAAAGAAGCAAUGAUGUAGACGUUGCAUGAACACAUGAAUGGUGCCUCUCACUCCGCGAGUUUCCUGUAAAUAAAUGUAUCAUACGAACAUAUUUACUUUUUCAUGCAUGUACAACACUUUCAAUUAAAGACAUUUUUAAUGACUCCUUUCCCUUUGGUCAGAG